UCCUAGGUGAUGGAAAGGGCGCGAAGCGGUGAAAAGGUCCGACAGAGGAAGCUGGAAAGAAAGCGAGAUGGAUUCAUCUGUGGCUGCCAUUGGAGAUGUACAAAGUGUGCUCUUGGCUAUGCAGAAGAACUUGGAGUGUCCAAUAUGGGGCCAGUCUAGACGUAGCCCAUGUGUGUUGGAAGCUCCGUACGUCAGAGUGGAAUAUCUUGUCUGAGGAGAGAGUUUUGCCCAAUGUCACUUUACCUUCAUGUUGUUGGGAGAACUCUAAGAAGCAAUAUGGAUUUGAUCCUUGAAACUAACAGCAUAUUUGCUAGAUAAUAAACCAUGGAAAAAUGCACUGUCUAACUUUAAGAACUACUAAGCCAGCGAAGCCAUAGAUGGCAAUAUUAAAAAAUAUUUCUGGGAUUAUACAAUAUUUAUUAACCUUUCAUGGUGGUAAUUUUAAAGUGCACAAAAAGCUAUGGAUACUGUGUAGGUUGGGCCCACUUAUUCCUCUUUUUCAUGAGAAUCAAAGUCAUAAAAGUGUAAUGUUCUUUAUUAUAGCAAAUUAUCGGUUUUAACAGGAGACUCAUAAAAAUUAAGGAUGCAGGAGUGAGUGUUAAUGCUGAUACUGCUUUUUUGGCUACUGCAGUGGAUUUUGAUAUUAGCAAUUAUUAGUUAGGCUGUUCUGCAGCAGAAACUGCUUUAUUUGCUUUGACCAAGUGAAAGUCAUUUUUAUGUGGCCUUUUAAUUGAAGCCAUUGUAGUACUUGGCAAAGUUUGUGUUUUUUUCUUCUUUUAUUCACUGAGGUUCAUUGAGCUGAAAUUCAUUUCUGUGGCAGCUGUUGAAAGAAGCAUGGUAGCAGUGAACGGAAAAUACCUAGCUUGUUCUUACAUGUUACUAAUUUCUGAGAUUCUGAAUUAUCUGCUCUCCUGAUGCAGAUAAAAGAACUGUGAAGCCCUUAAGGGCUUUGCAGCAUAAUUCAUUCUGUUAACACCAUGCUUGCCUAGCUGUAGGACGUUUUAUCUAAACAAAAGGGAAUUUUUCCUCAUGUCGAAGGUAAGUCGUACUAGCUGACUUGAAAAUGGCUAAAGCAAGGAAAUGGUUCAAGUAAAUCCCUCAGGAGUGUGUCUCAAAGCCGUAACAACAGAGGAGUCAGGACCAAAAUUUGGAGUUGAUAAAAGAGCCAGUCUCAACAAAAUGUGACCACAUAUUUUGCAGAUUCUGUAUGUUUAAACUUCUCAGCAAAAAGAAAAAAGGCCUGGCACAGUGUCCACUGUGUAAGACCGAGGUUACCAAAAGAAGUCUUCAGGAAAAUCCAAGAUUUAAGCAACUAAUUGAAGGGCUACUGGAAACCAUCCAUGCUUUUGAACUUGACACUGGAAUCAAGUUUUUAAGUAGUCAGGAUUUUUCUAAAAAUCCUGUAGAAACCAAUUCUGCUGAUCUCCUGUGGAAGGAAGAUUCUAUCAUCCAAAGUAAGGGCUACAGAAACCGACAAAAAGGAAUUAAAGAACAAGAGAAAGAGAAUCCUACCUUGGAAGCUCUCACUGCUGCCCAGGUUGCAGAAAACAUGGUCAGGAGGAGUUCCCUCAGAAACAAAAGGCAGAAAUGUGAAUCUGGAAAAGCAGUGUACAUUGAAUUGGGAUCUGAUUCUUCUGAAGAUCUUUUUAAAAAAGCAGGUGGUCCUGUUGGAAUGGGGGAGAGAGAAUCAUUUCAGACUCCACCACAAAAAGGAGAGUGUGAAGAAGAUCAAAAAUAUGCUGAGAAGGAACAUGACAAGCCUCAGGUUGCAUGGACUUUCAAGUCAGGUGCAGGAGAAAUACUCUCAUCCGAUAUCUUAGAUGAAUGCGGUUUCUCAGAGGAAGACAGCAAAGGCACUUGGAACAGUAUUGAAGACUUUGAGGCUGCUCAUGUGAAUGUGGCUGAGGAUCAUUUAAAGGCUUCAAACUCAGAGGCAAAGCAGUGUGACAGAACAGCUAAUGCUAACUCUUUACUGAAAGAGGACAUGAGUUUAUUCCACAGUGCAGAAGAAACGGAUGCUGGGAAAACUGAAUUUAGUCAUAGAAAUGAAGAGUCUGGCUUAGCACUCAGCUCAGAAAACCAUUUAGGUAAAAGCAAGGAAACCAGUAAUGAUGUCCAGCAUAUAGGAGCUGUAGAAACAUGUCAAGCUGAUAGUAAUUCCCUGCAUGAAAGGGAACCUGCUUUAAAGAAUCUAUUGCAGCCCAAGACUCCUCAUAACAGUCCUUUGAAUCAUGUUUCUGGGAAAAGACUGAAGAGAAGCAUUCAAAAAGUCAAUGAGUGGUUUUCUAAAAGCAAUGAGAUUCUCUCUUCCAGUUCCUCCCAGGAUGCUCCAGCUGGGGCAGCUGACGCAGAAGAAGAAGAUUCAUCUGUAUCCGAUAGAGAGUCCUGUAUUUCAGAAAAGACUGAUGCGAGGGUAAACUGCAUGGAAGUUGUGGUGGGAUGUGAAAAUGAUAGAAGCUUGUUAAAAUCAGCUGUACAUAGCAUUGAAGAUAAAAUAUUUGGGAAAACCUAUAAAAGAGAGAGGAAAUCAACCCCUCCUGUCUACGCGAGACAGAUGCUACAAAGUCCAAAAGUGGAAGAUGUUACUGCUGAUGUGAAACCAUCAAGUAAUUCCAGAACAAAUAAAUUAAAACGGAAAAGAAAGACUGCGUCUGAUCUGCAACCUGAGGACUUUGUCAAGAAAAGAGAAGAAAAGGCUCUAAACGAGCACUCUGAAGAUGUUAAUCAGUGCUUUGUUGUUAGAAAUGCUGGAAGGAAGAAAGAUGGUGAAGUUUCCACUGUUAACAGGAGUCCAGUGGGUGGGAAAAAUGAGGACAAUAUUUCAGCAGAACUUCCCGUCAGAGAAGGGGAAUCCAUAUUGAAAAAUAACACUGAGAAAGUAACUUGCAACAGCACAGAUGGAGAACCAGCACAGAAUAUCUGUAACCAAAAGAGUACUAAAAAAAUGAGAAGUUCGCUGACGAAACAAAGCAGGCAUUCUGCUAGGCCCAUGUGUGCACUGCAGCUGGUAGCUGAGAGAAACUUAGAUUGCCCUGAUCAGGCUGAGCUGCAGAUUGAUAGUUACCCAAGCAGUGAAGAGCCAAGGAAAAUUGCUUCAGAACAGAAACAAGUCCGACGCAGCAGGAGGCUUCAGUUACAGACUGAGAGAACUGUAAACGACACCAAGAGAAGAGGUGAGCCAAAUGAGAGCGCAAGAAAGCAUGUCCGUGAAAACAAAGAUUCCUCCCCCGGGUUACAGAGGAAUGUGUUGGUCCAUGCCACUGAAUGCAAAGAUCCUAUUGAGCAGCAGUUUGUAUUGAAACAUAGCAUACCUCUGUCGGGCACGGGUCUGAAGGCCAGUGACUUGGAAACAGACAAAACACACCCUAAUCUUGACGACAGUUCUACUGAUAUCCAGACUGGAAAAGGCCUCUUAUGUGCUGAAUUAUCAGGGGAGAAUUUAAAUGCUUGUUCUGUUGUGCUGGCUACAGAUUUGCAAGUUAGUGAGACUCCAGGCAGCCAUUCACUCCUGCAGCCUCCUUCCACAAAUGUGGACCAUGCUGCCUGCCCAGCGCAGAAUGUGUCUGAGAAUAAUCAGCCUGCAGCAAGUGAGUCUGAGGAGAGACCAUUGUAUGCUUGUUCACCAAAAGCCAAUCAAUGUUGCAUGGAAAGUGGCUUGGAAAGGUUCAGGAACCAGAAGUCACAUGACACUAAAAGCAUUUUGGAAUUGAACACAGAAACUGAAGACAGUGAGCUAGAUACGCAGUAUCUCCGAAACAUGUUCAGACAGUCAAAAAGACUGUCAUUUACCCUCCAUCCAGGGAAGGAAUCAGUGACAGAAAGCACUGCUUCUGAAACUCUAAGCAAAUCAGGUGCGAACUGUGUAGAAUAUAGGCAUAACACUGGACACUCAAAAAAUGAGCCUCCAUAUUUUACAAAAACAGUGGGCCUGGAUGAGAUUUGUGAGAGAGAGAAACCUAAAAUAUGUGAAUCUGCUAGAAGUAUUUCUGGGCAUAGUCCAGGAACUCACUUUUCCAGUGACACCAAAUGUGGACAUGUUAUUAACGAUGGCAAGAAUAUUUCACAAAUUCCUGAGCAAGUACAGUUAUUCUCACCGCCAAGAGCAGCCACUGCCAAGAUUAAGAAUAGGAGCAGACUGAAAAAACGGAGACAGCCAAAGGAAAAGCGAGUUUCACCUGAAAUGUUGAUGGAAAGUCAAAUAAGCCAUAACCUUAGCAAAAGUGAUGAAAACAUAGGUGCCCAGAGUAAUAUAGAAGAGCAAAUUAUCCAAAGAACUAAUUUAAGAACAAUUAAUGAAGCAGGCUCCGGUUCAGGAAGCAAUCAAAGAAUAGAAGCUGAAAACAAAGGGCCAGUAUUAAAUUUACAGCGGGUAUCUCCUGUAGUUUGUUGUCAAAGCCCUGCUGAAUUGAGCAGCAAAGUAAUUGAAAAGAACUCUUGUGAAGAGGAAUGCAAACAAGUAAAGAGCGAUAAAGACCAAGUAUCCCAAAAUGCCAGCAUUGGUGUGCUGGAGUGCUUAAUUUCAGAGGAGGCUCUAGAACAACCCGCUGAAGAUACUAGUGGUUUUCCAUUGCUGUCUGAGACCCCUGAUGGCUUAUUGUGCUCUGCAGGUGACAUUAAAGAGAACACCAGCAUUUGUGAAAUUGACAGGAAAGAAAUUUCUGCCGUAUUUGUUAAAACAGGUGAGAAUUCCUUGUUAAGAGAUCUGGACAGUGGCAGCAGUAGUUCUAAGUCAAGGUCACAAAACUUUGUUCAGGAACCCAGAAGACUGGCGCGGAAAUUGCAGUCUUCUGAGGAGGAGUCUAGUGAAGAUGAAGAACUACCAUGCUUCCAGGCACUAAUAUUUCACAAAUCAGCAAGCACACCAUCACAGCUUACAAAACAGAACAAGUCUAGGGAAGUGUCUUCAGCAACCUCUUCAGAGGAGAUUCUAGCGUUGCCGAACAGUAGCAGUGGCAAUAAUAAAGCUGAACAGAAAACGCCUGGAGUCCUCUUAAGAGAUGCGUGUCUUCCUCCAAGCCCAGAAUCGGAAUGCUCAGUUGACUUAUUUUCUUCCCAGUCCAACAUGUCAGAAGAUUCAGCCAACAGACCACAAGAAUUGAAUCCGGUAAUCCUAGCACCUUGUUUCAAAGAAAUGGGAAGCUACAAUGGAAACAAAGAAGCUAGUCCAAAUGGUAAUGAAGAGCUGGCAGAAAGAAAAACUGAUUUGGAAGAUGAACACCAAGGAAACCAGAAUGUGGAACCAAAUUUAGGUGAAGCAUCUGGAUAUGACAGUGAAGCGAGUCACCUAGGAGAUUCUUCUGGACUGUCCUCCCAGAGCGAGAUCCUUACCACACAGCAACAGGAUGCCAUGCAAAACAACUUAAAAAAACUUCAACAGGAAAUGGCUGUGCUUGAGGCUGUGCUGGAAGAGCAUGGUAGCCAGGGUUUUGAAUUCCCACCCUCAUCCAGUGAACGGCCUCCUUCCAGAGUAGAAGGAACACUCACAGUGGGACAGAUGAGGCCAGCUAGAGGAACAACAGAAGUAAAUCUUGAAAACCAUAAAAUCAGCAGUUCAAAGGGACUUUCAGCUGAUGGGUUCCAUGUAAUGCCGAGUGACCAUUCCAACACACAAAACAAAGAACUAGAAGAAGAAGAAAGUUUGAGGUCAUCGGAUUUAUUGCUUUCCCCUCCUAAAUCCCAUCGAUUAAAAAAGACAGCUCUGGAGCAAGGCCACAGGAAAGCCAAAACUCACUCGCAGGAGGGAACAUUUCAGCAGGUUGAUGAGGCAGGGCUGCUGGAACAAGAGGCAGUGAAACAAUAUAAUCCUGAUAGAUCUGAACCAGAAAAUGCAGCUGAGCAGGAAUUUGGAACAAAGCUAAACAGUGCAGCUGUUCCGCGUGGGAAUGAGAGCAGGACUCCAAACAGCUCUCCCUUGAAAUGUUUUGGAAGGCUUACCCACUGUCAAACUGCAGAAUCCACACAUCAUUCGGCUACACUUUGGAAUAUUAAUAACGGGAAGAGCGCUCAGGGAUGUAAGCGGGAGAGAAGCGCAUUUUCCUCACCACCUGCUUUGCGCCCUGCAGCUGGAAAAGAAAAUGCCAAAAGCCCAGUUGUGACCUGCAGGAGACAAAUGUCAAUUGUGGCCUCAGGUCUGAACCAGAGUGAGCUUUUACUGGUGCAGAAGUUUGCCAGAAGAACCCAGAGCACUUUAUCUAAUCAAAUUACUGAAGGAACAACCCAUGUCAUAAUGAAAACAGAUACUGAGCUAGUGUGUGAGCGGACGCUGAAGUACUUUCUGGGCAUUGCAGGAAGAAAAUGGAUAGUUAGCUAUGAAUGGAUUGUUCAGUCUUUUAAGGAAGGAAGGAUACUUGAUGAGUAUGACUUUGAAGUGAGAGGAGAUGUGAUCAAUGGGAGAAACCACCAAGGCCCUAGGAAAGCUAGACGAUCCCAGACUGGAACGCUCUUCAAAGACUUUGAGAUCUGUUGCUAUGGCCCUUUCAUCGAUAUGCACACAGGUGAUUUAGAGUGGAUGGUGGAGCUCGGUGGCGCCUCUGUGGUGAAGCAGCCUCACCUGUUCACACACACAGCAAACUCGACUGCUGUAGUAGUUGUACAGCCUGAUGCUUGGCAUGAAAACGCAGGGUACAGAGCAAUCCAACAGGAGUGUGAUGCUACCGUGGUGACCCGAGAGUGGGUGCUAGACAGCGUGGCCUGCUACGAGUGCCAGGAGCUUGGGACCUACCUUGUGUCCCAGUCAUGAUGGUGCUGCUGCUCUUCCCUUCCCAUUGCUCAGACGUCCUCACCCGUGCAGAUGCUUCAGGAUCGGUUUUACGAGCCAGGGAUUUUUAGAACAUCUUCUACAUCCUGUGCCUUGUAAGAAGCACUGUUGUUUCCAGACAAAUUAUCCAAAGACUUGCACCAGCCCAGAAAAUAUGUAAUUCUGUCUUUGCACCGUAAAAGUUGCUUUAACUACUGCUCUUUAAAGACUAGGCUGUAAAACUUUUUGCCCAAAGCAGCCUUUUAAAAUGUAUCUAAAACGAGUCAAACAAAUGUCUCUUAACUGGGAUUUAAAGUCAGACCUCCAAAGUGAAAUGCCAAUGCAUUAUUUACCAUCCCAUCCGGUUCCUGCCUAUUUACUCCAGCAUGUUUUGGAGACAUAACCAUUUACAGGAGUUAUAUGGCGCUUGGGGCUUGAAUUAACUCAGUGGUGCAAGUGCCAUUUAUCUCCCUGGUUCUGGUUUGUAUAAAUACCUACUGUAUGUAGAGAGAUGCUUAUAUCAACACAUGGAAAUACAGUCGUUUUGGGGUCAAUGGUACAUCAACUCACAUUCUAGACUAUAGAAACAGCUGAUCUGAAAAUAGCACAGACAGCUGUUUUGUUGUUAGUUGGCACUUAACACAUAAUUCCUCUAUCCUAAAGAGUCCUCGAUAAGAAAGAUCUUAAAAGAAGAAGCCAAUGAGCUAACAGUCACUGACACGUUAAACCCCAUCAGUGUCAAUUUUAGUUCUUUUGUAGCAUCCCAAUGUAGCACUGAACAAGAUGCAUUUUCACAUCCCUUCUACCUAUAAUAAGCCCUAAAAACACUUUGAUCCUAAUACUUUAUGCCUGCAAAAUGAGAGACCACAAGGAAAAAGAACAUACUGCUUUUUGCCUGUUGCCAAGGAAGCCACCUCAUAAAUAAUGUACUUUCCGAGCAGAAAGAGAAACUGUUUUCACAAAGUUGUAUUUUUAAAAAAAUUGUUUAUAGUACAGUUCAAAGAAUUGUUUGAUACAAUGACCUGCCGUCGGCUGGUCUCCACUAUUUGUAUAAAGUAUAUUUGUAAAUGUUAGAAUACGCAAAGCAAAUAAAUGUAACUGGCAAGUA